AUGGCUCAGAUUGGACCUACUGAGAAGGAAUUUGCUUCCUUCGUUUCCAACCUCAGUAAGGAACUACGGAGAUAUCACGACCCACAAUACAGACCAAACCUUCUCUAUUUAAAACGAAAUACUGUGCUAUUGAGGGAAUGCCCCAAUGCUGCCGAUAAAUCUUCGACGACAAGAGGUCGAAAGAUUGCCGCACAUAGAAAUAUACGGGAAAUGUACGAAAAACUGGACAUUGAGUUGUAUAUUCUGUGCACGUCGCGCCUCCCCACAACAACACUGGCUUCCUUGAAUGCAAUUUGGAUCAAUAAACUUCAGCAAUGGUGGAGUUUAAUACCCAGAGUCACCGGACAAAGAAAAGUCGCUCUGGAGCUGUGCAAAGAGUUUGGUCUCUCAGGUCAUGUUCAACAACGUAAUACUCAAGCAGACAGUGGAUUCGUCCCUGAUAUCACAAAUCCCAAUAGUCGGAGUGCUCGAACGGCAUUUGAAACAAGCCAGAUAUCACCAGGAAAUAACACGGCUGUUCCUCCUGAGCAUAUCGGUAAUUUCCCCAAGUAUCUAUAG